AUGGGUCUCUACUCUUACAUUAUGAGAUUAAAAAAUAGGAGAAGAACACAGAAAAAGGACAACAUUUACUGGUGGGGAGAUGUGAAAGCAAAACAACAUAAGAAUGCAAAGGAGAUUGAAGAGAGAUUCAAAGAUGCUGAAAAGAGAGAAAAAGAAAAGGAGAUGAAGGCCUCACUGCCAGAUGCUGAACGUAAAAAGCUAGAACAGAUGGUAGCACAACAGAAGUUGGACGAUUUACCGGAGGAUGUUCUGGAAGCAAUAAGAGAGAUGGACGCUGCAGAAAAUGCACAAAUCAAUAAAGAGCCGGAAGAGAAACAGCUACCUGCUGAGGUCGUAGACUGGGAGGAGAGCAAAGUGUACAAUUUUAUGGACCAGGACACCAAGAGGAGAGUCCAGAAAUACUGGCAAAAUGCACCAUCAGGAGUAUACUUGUGGGAAGGAAGACGGUAUGGAGCACAGAUUUCAAGACAGAAUUUAAAAGACAUAAUCAUGGAUGAACCGAUAGCAAGCAAUUGCAUCGAAUGUUAUGGAAUUCUCUUGACUGAUCAGUUGUUGGAGAAAGAAUCACAAGGCUUGGAUGUCCCAACUUUUAUGAAUCCCUUAUGUUGGGUUGAAAUGGUAAAGCUUUCGAUGACUGCAGUAAAAGAACAAGCAGAUGACAUGGUAGAACAAGGUUGCAGGAUGAAAUUUGAUGAAAAGAACAGUUCAGAAGAACAACUGAAAAUGAUAGAAGUUCCAUUGACUGAAACAGAGAGAGAAAGCAUAAAGUGGAUCAAGGAUAACUACAAACGAAAAAUGGCAGUGACAGAACUCAAAGACAACCCUCAGCAAGGAGAAGAUUCAUUGGAUUGCGGACUUUUUGUAAUGUACACAAUGGAGAAAAUUUCGAAAAAAGGAACAGUUCCAAAGAAGCUCACAAAGGAUGAUAUUUUGAAAUUUAGAGCUCAUGUGGUAAAGUCAUUUGCAGAAAGAUUUUUUAAAAAAGUUCGAGGAAUGGGCCAACUAAAAAGAAAACAAAGUGAGGAAUCCGAAGAAGAACAAUCUGAAGAACAAAGUUCAGAAGAAACAAUUGCGGAAAAGUUAAAACUGAUAAAACGGAAUAAAGUAAAUGAGAGAAAAAAGCGAAAGCAGAAAAUUGAAGAUGAAGAAGAAUCAAGUGAAGAUGAGGAAGAAACAACUAAAGUUGAAGAAGAAUCUAAUGAAGAACAAGUCCGGGGAGUGCCGGGAUCCGGGUUAUCAGUACCAAAGACCAAAGAAAGGGCAUACAAAUCUGAGUUCGUGACUAAAUACUUUGACAAAAAGCAGAGGAUCAACAAGGCGGCUGCAGAGGAAGCUUUGAAGAAGGCAUUGGCAGAAACUCCAGAAACAGGGGAAGAAAAAACGAAACGGGACAGAAAUGUUGCCGUCACUGGACAAGUAACUUGCCAGGUCACUGUUAAUGUUACUGUCAAGUUUAUGUCACUGACAAUGUCACUGUUUAUGGUUCCAACUGCUCAGGUCACUGAGCAAGUCAUUGACUAUGUCACUGCUCAUAAAAUCUUUGAUAAAGUUAAAGAAGAUGCAGAGGAAGAAGAUUCUGAGCCUAAUACAGACACAGAAAGUAAAGAAAAAAAGAAUGAUGGGCAAGAAGAAAAUGUUGAAACUAGAACCAGUGGAAACAUGGUGAAGGAGACUGCAUCGAAUGAUAAACAGAAGAAAGAAUUAGACACAAAUCUUCAGAAAAAGGAAGAAGAGCUAAGAGAGGUGGAAAUAAGGAAAAAGGGCUUGGAAGAAAAAAUAAGGAAAUUGGAGAAAGAACUGGAAACAAGAGAAAAGAAAGGUGACAACAUUAACAAUGAGAAGAUGGAGACAGAGAUAGGAAAGACCAAUGAAGAGAAGAAUGAAUUACAGACAAAGCUCGAGGGAAAGGAAGAAGAGCUAAGUGCUUUGAAAAAAGAAGUUGAGGAGAAAGAAAAGGAAAUUGGCAGAAUAAACGAAGAGAAGGAGGAUAUGUUAUUGGAAAAUGAGGUGUUGCAAAUUGAGAAAGCCUCACUGAUUAAAAGAGUGAAGCGAUUGGAGGGCAUAGUAAUGGCACUAACUGAGAAGUAUGAGUCGCCAAUAGCACGUCCAGGUGAUGACAACGACUCAACUCCUUCUCCCCCACCACCUAGUUUCCAUCCACCAAAAUCAAAGGCCCCUCAGGACAAGCCAACUGACAGCAAGCACUCCAAAUACACAAAAUCUCAAAGUGGAAUUCAGGGAACUCAAUCACAACCUACCGACUCCACAGCAAGCGCAUCUGCGGAACCUCACUCUACCGACCGAGGACAUCAGUCACCACUUGAAUGCCUUGCCCAAGUAGCUGCACAAGUUCAUUCACUAGCCUCUCCUGAUGUUAAAUUGAGAAUGAAGGAAGAUGCUUGCACACCGAAUAUUGCUUGGGUUAAAGCAUUGUUUGUGUUUCCACCUCCGGGGCGUUACAAACUCCACCUCCAAGAAAACUCCAUUUGGAAGAUAUGGAAGCAGAGCCACACAAGUAUCAGAUCAUUGUAUCACCAGAAGUUCAGCCUGUUUUUGACAUUGAACCAAUCAAUUGCUGUCCUCAUACGGAACAAAUGA